CGAUCUCCGCCGCUAAUGGUCCAUCCAUCGGACAAGCUGCGAAGAUUUGGAUCGAGAUCAGACGGACGCAAGAUAUGCCAGGUCGUACGGACUAUUAACGGCGACUGGCUCGACGGGCCCACACUGCAGUGGGCUGGCCAACCUUCACCUAACGCACUGGUUCGUCUCCCACUCUCCCACCUCGCGCCGCCGCGGCGCUCGCCGGAUUCCGCCGCCCAGCCCGCGUUCUCCUCGACCCAACCGAGUCCUGAGAGACGGACCAUUUCUUCAGUGAUCAUCCACCAGUGCGCCAUGGCGUCUCUGAUUUCCCCCUACCUCUCCGUCCCCACCGCCCCCGGGCACGCGCGCCUUGCUGCUCCGGCGGCGCCGCGGCGGCGGAGGAUGGCGGUGGUGAGGGCGAAGAUUCGGGAGAUAUUCAUGCCGGCUCUGAGCUCGACGAUGACGGAGGGCAAGAUCGUCUCCUGGACGGCAGCCGAGGGGGACCGCGUGGCCAAGGGCGACCCCGUGGUGGUCGUCGAGUCCGACAAGGCCGACAUGGACGUGGAGACGUUCCACGACGGCAUAGUCGCAGUCGUCCUCGUCCCGGCCGGUGAGACCGCCCCCGUAGGCGCCCCUAUCGCCCUCCUCGCCGAGUCAGAGGAGGAGGUCGCGCUGGCGCGGGCGCGCGCUCAGGCCCUCUCGCAGGGACAAAGCCAGGAACCCUCUCCUCCCCAUGCCGCCGCCGCCCCCGUCUCGGGGACACCUCCUCCAGCGCCUGUGGCGGCUCCAGUGACAAAGGGCAUCGCGACACCUUACGCCAAGAAGGUCGCGAAGCAGCACAGGGUGGACAUCGCCGGGGUUGUCGGCACCGGGCCACACGGCCGCGUCACGGCGGCUGACGUCGAGGCAGCUGCUGGCAUCAAGCACAAGCGAAAGGUCGCGCCCCCUCCACCUCCACCCCCUGCUGCUGUUGGCCCUGCGCCACCAAUGCCCGCAAGUGCGGUGCUGCCACCAGUGCCCGGUGGCACGGUGGUGCCGUUCACGACAAUGCAGGCGGCGGUGAGCAGGAACAUGGUGGACAGCUUGAGUGUGCCAACGUUCCGGGUUGGCUACUCCAUGAUCACUGACAAGCUUGACGCACUCUAUGAAAAGGUCAAGUCGAAGGGGGUUACCAAGACAGUGCUGCUGGUGAAGGCGGCAGCUGUGGCGCUCACCCAGCACCCUGUAGUAAAUGCUAGCUGCAGAGAUGGAAAGAGCUUCUCCUACAAUAACAGUGUCAACAUUGGAGUGGCUGUUGCACUCGAGGGUGGCCUUCUUACUCCAGUAUUGGAGGAUGCUGAUAAGCUGGAUAUAUAUCUGCUUGCGCAAAAGUGGAGAGUGCUGCUCAAGAAGGCACGCAUGAAGCAGCUGCAACCAAAUGAAUACAACUCUGGGACAUUUACACUAUCCAAUUUGGGUAUGUUUGGGGUGGAUAAAUUCGAUGCAAUCCUUCCAGCUGGUCAGGGGGCUAUCAUGGCUGUUGGAGCAUCAAGACCAACUGUAGUGGCUGACAAGGAUGGUUUCUUUAGUAUCAAGAGUGAAAUGCUGGUGAAUGUUACUGCUGAUCACAGGAUUAUCUAUGGUGCUGAUUUGGCAGCAUUCCUGCAAACAUUUGCAAAGAUUGUUGAGGAUCCUGAAAGCCUCACAUUGUAAGGAAAGUUUCAUACAGCUGUUCUCAAUUUUCUGUAUUCACAAUUGGAAGAGAAUGCCAAUAUAGAUAAUAAAGAGAUACCUUUUGAUGUUUUCUCCAAUUAGAGAAAUUUGUGUACAGUUUAUACAGAACUCAAAACCUGGAUGCUCA